CCACCCAUCACCCUUUUAUCUGUGUUCUAUAUAAAGCAGUCUUAUCAGGAAUAAUGUCACAUUACAACAAAAUCAAACUCAUUGAGCGGAUGUAUUGUUAAACACCAUUCAUUUACAGGCGAAAACUCUAUUACCAUGGACGGUUAUAAUUAUUCUUCUUCAUCUGCAUACUUACAGCGGCACUCAAGAGAUACAGUAGAGGGCAUGAAAGCACCAAACUCUUAUCAUUCAUCGCUCCAUGCAGUGCGUAAGGCUCCAUUAAAGCCAUGGAAGAAACCAAUAGCACCACUGCCACCAACAAGACCAAAAGUGUACAAAGUGGAUCCUGUAAACUUCCUGGACCUGGUUCAAAAGCUGACUGGUUCAUCCGAAUGCCAGUCUCAACGUCUCAAACGUGUGGCUCCACCUCCAUUGAAUGUCGCGCCAAUCUCAUGUUUCAGUGGAGACAAUUAUGCAGCUGCACCCCUGCAGCUGCUUCCUUCACCAGCAAAGACGCCAUUGUCUGCUCUUUACAAGGAGUUGAUGUCCGAAAUGUCAGAUUCGAAACCCCAAAAGAUGUUGGAUUGUGGGAUGGAAUCGAAUUCACUUGGAUUGAGUUUGUCACCAUCUUCUCAUACCUGGUGUGCUUUCCCUCUUUUGAGUCCUGGAACUCUUUCCAGUUUGGAGCAAAGCACAUUUCUUUAG